GGGUUGAGUUAAAAAAACACAAUCAUACAUUUUAAUACGCAUCUGUAUAUUCGUGUUACUUACAGAAAUUGUGUGAUUGAAAUACAUAGGGCUUGAGAAGAACUGCAAAUACAAUUACCGAGGAAUUUUAUUUUAUUUCGUCUGUUGGAAGUACAAAUUAAAUAUUGCAAAUGUUUUCUCGAUUGAAGCUUGUACAAAUCAUUGUUUUAGGAUUGUCUUCAAUUGUUCUUACUAUAGUGGAUGCUACUGGCAAUGAUGGAUGUGGCGUAGAUGGUGACUGCUUAUCUACUCCCAUAGACUGUGGCGAAAAAUGCGGUUGUGAUAGAGCAUAUUAUUACAACAGUACAAGCAAACAAUGCGUUCUAGACGUAAAAUAUCUGAUGCAAACCAUAAUAACAAAAUAUGAUUCAAAAGAACAGGAUAGCACCAUCGAUAAUGGAAUGACAAGAAAUAUAAAAGUCGAAGCCGAAAGAGUUUUCAAAGGAAUUAUUGUGUCGGCAUUAAUUUUUAUAUCAUGUGCAUCUGUAUGUGUAGUUACAGCGUGCUUUUACUGUGUUCGUAUAAAUUACACAGAUCGCAAGUUAAAAAGCGAUGUUAAAGCUUUAGCUAAGAAGUUGAACAGAAAUAAAAAAAGCAAAAAGUCAAUAGUGAAGCCUCCACAGUCACCCGAAUCACAAAGUUGUAAUGUUAUAGUGGAAAGUGCCGGUGUUUAUGUAGUUUAACAUGAAUGUGAUAAUGUAAAUAAAUAAAUUUA